AUGGCGUCGUCCUCCUCAGCUGAGGGCAUGUCCAUCACUAAGGGAGGAAGUAUAUUAGUAAAAGUUGAAGAUCUCACUGGAGAAUUGAUUUCUGUCAAGCUUAUAGAUGGGGAUAAAAUCUUCCGUGGAAUUUUACUGCAAGAAACUAUUGGGAAAUUCAAUGAAUAUGGGACAAAUUUAGAAAGAAUAACUAGUGCACCAUUUUGGCCUGCUUUAAGUGGAACAGCAUCAGGGAUAAACCUCAAAACUAUUCCUUGUUCAACUGAACGUUAUUCCUACAAAUUGGAAGGCCAACCCUCAAAUUUAAAUGUCUUCCAGCCUGAUCCAACAAAACGAAGUCAUCGAAACCAACCAGCCCCACAAUUGUCACGAAUAUUACGACCUCGGCGAUUUGUUUGUCGAAAAUGUAAAAAAGCAUUCCAUUUAGAAGAACAUGGUACGGAACUUUCCUCUUCCUUCCUCACUGAUCAGAUAGAUCGUCGCACUUCGGAUUCAUCUGCCCUAAAUUCAGACAAGGAAAUAAAUCAUUAUCUUCCUAAAAGCAACUUUUCUGAACAAAUUACACUAGCGACACUCAAUGGAAAUUCUCAGUCUAUUCGCCACGUCACUCCACCAAUCAUCCCCAAACUAAAUGAAGAAAUGAAGAUAAAUGUGGAUGAUUCGUCAAAAUCAGAAAUUGAUUCUAGUUCUGAAAUACGCUCAAAAUCUAAGAAGCAUUUUAUUUCUGAACAGUCGACUAAGACUCCAGAAUCGUUAGAACCGAAAUUAGUCAUGUCGAAGAAACGGAAAGUCGAUGUUAUUCCCGAUAAGCAAAAGCUGAAGAAGAUUAGACUAAGUUCUCAGAAACUCACUGAACCGAUUAAUGUUAGUAAUACAGUCCUGGUCGCAACACCACCUGUCGUUGAUCCGGAUUCAUCUGACCCUGCAGUACCUUCAUCGGAGGAAACCAAAGAUUUUCCUACUUCUCCAAUCCUAGUCGGUAAGACAGAUUCUGUUGAUUCUCUUUCGUCUCAGGAACAAACUCGUAAGAAUCGAAUCAAAGCUCAAUACGUAUCUGUCACCUCUCCAUUUCGUUAUCCGUUUGGGAAAAAAACUAGAAUCUCUUCCAAACAAGAAAUUGGAAAUAUCAACUCGAUUAGUGAUAGCAGAAUAAAAGUUGAACCAAACGCUACUCGCAAAGGUUCUGAAAAAUCAGAAAUAAUUUCAUUAACAUCUUCAAAAACGAAUCUUGGCGUACGAAAAAACUCUCGAUACCGUACUCGUACUCAGCUGAACCCGCUUUCUGUCACUUUGGAUUCACUGGGUCCUUCUUGUUCUGUGAAAGAUUUAGAAAGUCGUUCAGAAGUGGAUGAAAUUCUACCUAGUGAUUCUCUUGAUGGUGAUUUUCCACAAAAAGAAAAUAUCCCAAAUAGUAUAAGCCCACGCCUGUCAAGCCCAUCUAAGGAGAAGCAUUCUGCUUCCGUACAGUUAACUUGUAAAACGUCUACGUAUGGACACAAUUCUGCCUCAAACAAUUUUGGGAUUUCUAUGAGUGAGAGUAAUUUCUCUCCACAAAGUCGACGUAAAGCUUUUGAUUACGAAAAACCAAAAAACAGAUGGAUGCGUGAAGCACGAGCUAGAAGGUGUCAAGAUGAACGAAACAGUAAUCCUAGUUCCACUGCAGCGAGUCAUAUUUCAACUUCAUCCAAUAAUACAGAUACGGAAAACUCUGCAUCAUGUAAUGCACAAUCUCCUAGUUUAAACCGACUGCGAAUUCGAUCAGGUGAUGGAUCUAGUGUUAGUCCUAGCGAAAAUACUUUAAAAAGUAAUAGCAAUGUAUCUUCUAAGGUUAAGUUGCAUAAUGGGUCGUUAAGCAAUCGUAACAUUGAAUCAGGGGACGCUUCACAGUCCGAGAAAUAUUUGGACAUAACUGACCAAAAGUCUACAUCUAAUGUGUCUCCAUGCUUGACCCCGACAAGUGAUAGUUCUAGUCUUGGCCUUCCUGUAAUAAAGAUUAAAAUUAAUCGGAAUAGACAACCUUCUGGGUGUUCGAAAACUGUACCGACGCAAUAUGAAGUUGUCAAGUUACAGACUGGUUCACAUCUAGAAUUAGCUACUUCGGCUUCUAAAGUUGUGAGUGAAGAAAAUAGUUCAAUAGCGAAUGCGAAUCCAUCUGCAUUGAAGUUAGACAUUCUUUGCAAUGGUUUACGUUCACCGUCACCGUCACCAUCCGCCAGUUCUUUAAAGAAGGGAUCUACAUGCGAGAGUUUAAUAAUAUCAGGUCCUUUAGUAAAACGCUGUAAGUUACAUGACGGCAUUGUUUUUCGUGUCGGUGACCUAGUUUGGAGCAAACUUUCAGGAUGGCCUUACUGGCCUGCACAGAUUACUAGCAUACAACGUGUAGUUGCCAAUGAAGUUGAUUUACCGAAUUCUGAACAAGUACGCCCCGUCGUGGAUUUCCAAGAACAGUCAUCUCCACUUUUAACAUCAGAGCAAGUUUGUUAUACUGCCUGUCUUCAUUGGUUUGCUUGGAAUCAGGUGUCAUACAUGCCAUGUGAUAAAUUAUUUCAUUUCCUAGAACAUUGUAAACGAUUUGAUAACAAAAAGAAACGUGGAGUUUUUCGCCAGGCAGUUAAUGAAGCAAAACAAGCGGCAGAAAAAAGGCAAGAAACUCACUCUACUGAUAGUGAAAGUGAAUGGGAUCACGAAGGUUUUAGCAACACAAUACAUCAACAAUCUUUAUCUCAGCCAUCUGAAAUAUCUGUUCUCGAUGAUGCCAAACAGUUGGAGGUUUCACAAACUGCAUCAUCACUAUCCAUUCCCGACAUAAACCUUGGUGUAGAAGUGAACGCGACCACAAAGCGAAGUAAACAUCUAAAUAACAAAGUAAGAAAAAACAAAACCAAAGUCUCUUGUGAGAAACAAGAACCUUCGAUGUUAUGUCCAUCAGUUGUUGAUUCUUCGAAUGUAUCCUUAGGUCAAAGUACCUAUAAUAACAUAGGCGGGGAAGUCACUGCGUCUAUAGAAUCAAACUUACAUGUGAUAUCUAAACGUAAAUCAAAGCAGCAGACUAAAAAUAAGGUUUAUGCUAAUACUUCUGAAGAUAAAAAGUUGUUGGUAGAAGAGUACAAUUCUUCUUUAACAAAUAAUAAAUCUAAUGUUCGUUUAAAAAUCAUUCUUUCGAAACCGAAAUUGAGAAGUAAGCUCAAGUGUGCUGAAGUUUUGAGCAAUAAUGCACAAAAUUCUUUUGAAAAUGAAGUUAACAAUUCUUCUUCAUUACCGAAUAUAGAUGUCCCAAUUACUAAUAACAAAAUACAUCAAAUUGUUGAAAAUUCAUCAAAAGAAGACACAGAAAGUCCAUUUACUUCAGGGAUUAUUCCUGAAUCAAAUAUAUCAACUACCGAUUCACAAGACUUUGAUAAAACUUUUAGUGCCACACAUUCAGAACUCCUAACUCAAUUCCCACAUGUAUUUCCGGAUCUCAAAGUUUCAGGUAUUCUAUCCGACACAGUCGAUAUACCUACAUUUUCUGAGGAUGAAUCUGAAGAAGAAGAUGCUGGUCGUUUGAUUAUUGAUCCUGAUGUAAUGGCUUCAGUCAACGUUCCCUUAUCAACUGGUAAUCAUCAUUACAUCACCGAGACUUUAAAACAGGAUCCGGAUGUUCUUCGAGAAGAUUUAUACAGUCUUUCCUCCGAUAAUAUGUCCUAUAACCAUGAACUAUCAUCUCAAGCAUUUGAUAGUAUUCAUCCAUACUCUCGAACGUCUUCAACUACUCUUACACAACCGUCGAUGUCGAAUUUUGGUAAUCCAGUUUACUCAUCAUCCGAUUCAUUUACUCAUUCUUUUAAUUCCUCAACAUAUUCAAUGGAAUGUCUAAUAUCUCGACCAGUUUCAGUUUAUCCAACACAUAAUCAGUCAUUGAUCCAAACUGUUUACCCAGUAGAAGUGCUUAUUUUCAAUCUAACCAUCUUAAUGUUCCAUCAACUACAACGCAUAACGUGUCCUAUGUUACUACUGAGUACUCAACAUUAUAACUAUACAUCUCAUCAACUGACAUCACCCAAAAAUUAA